AUGGGUAUAUUGAGCUCAAUAGUUGUGUACCUGAGUUAUGGUACCCAUACAGUCACCGAUUACUACCAAGAAUCCGGUCGUGAAAUAGCGUUGCCAUCUGUCACAUUGUGCGGGAAAAAGCCGUACUUUAUUAGUGACCAUUAUUAUUGGCUAUUAUUUGGUACCCAAAGGCAAAAUUCCCAUUCACUAACAUCAGACAAGUUGGACAUUAUUACCGUAAAUCUAAGCCAACUGUCCAUUAAUAGCCAGUUUGACGCUCUGUAUAGUGGAAAAGAGUUGACCCAAUGGAUACAACUUGUAGACCUACCUGUUAACGGGUCACCGAUUACCGCAACCUAUAAUAUAAGCCUAUCGUUGAAUGAAAAUUUAUUUUGUUUUACAUAUGACUUUUGCUAUGAUAUUGACAAUCGUAAUACAAUUACUGACAAUUUAUACACUAAUUUGAAUCCAAUGGUCACGUUUGACAUACAAAUACCGAUACCACCGGAACUAAUGGUCAGUAUCCACGAACCCGACGACCAAGUGUUUGAUAUUGUUAAAAGUGGGUACGAAAUAGUGAGCCUAAACAGCAGUACAAUUGUAUACUACCAUAAAAUUACCCACAUCACGUCACUACCUGACUUCUACCCAACACAAUGCCUCGACAAACAAGAUUACGCAUUCAAAUCCCAGGCCGAGUGUCAAGUGUAUUGUAAACAUCGGUUAUAUACAAAACAAUAUGGUUGUCUACCAAAAUUGUUGGACAACUAUCUGGUAGCCCACGACUGGCCGUACCUUAAGAGGUGCCCAAACAGCACAAGGUCAGUUGGCUUUGCGCCAAACAGUGUCCGAUUAGUUGUUAUGAAAAGUCCAGAUUAUGUUACUGAGAUGGUUAAUGGGACAUCUGGUUACACUAUUAAAGUUUGCCUGUCAAACGAGCUUAAUGUUCGCAUAACAGAGACUCCGGUUAUGUUAACAAUCAUUGUGAAUGGGUUGGGUCUCAACGAUAGCCGAGUGGUGUAUACGUUGGCCAAGAGGUCACUAUAUUAUUUGGCCUGGCUAAUUUUACCGCCGUAUCUCGACUCGCGGGUGUCGUUUAUACUACGGGUCAUAUAUUUCUACGCUCAGGCGGUUGUAUUGUACCCAUUUUUGUUUACCAUGUUCACAUCGGCUUCAGUUAAUCUAGCGGCUAAACGAUCAUGGAACCUUUUUAAUAAAUACAAUGCUCAAAAUUGUAUGGAUUUCACACUAGAAUAG